AUGGCAGGCAUAAAUCAUGCACCAUAUGUCUCCCAUGAAGAUACUCGUCAUUCCAUCAGCGAAAAAGGUAAGGCAGUUCGAACUCUUGUCGAAGCCGACCUACUCGAUGAGCGCUACACCACCACUCAGCGUGGUCUGAAGAACCGCCAUGUCCAGAUGAUGGCCCUCGGAGGCACGAUUGGAACAGGUCUCUUUGUUGGUUCCGGUCAAGGACUAGCUACUGGAGGCCCCGCGUCGCUUCUUCUGGGAUACCUAUUCAUCUCAGCCAUGGUUUAUGGCCUGGUCACUGCCAUUGCCGAGGUUGGUGCCUACCUUCCAGUACACGGUGGCACGAUGAGUUACCACGGAUUCCGAUAUGUAUCACGAAGCAUGGGAUUUGCCAUGGGCUACCUAUACUGGUACUCUCUCGGCAUCCUGGUGCCUUAUGAGAUCACGGCAGCUGGAUUGGUUAUUGGAUACUGGGACCAGAGUGGAUCGAUCAACAUCGCUGUGUGGAUCACCAUCAUGAUGGUGGUUAUUGUUGCCCUGAACUUCAUGCCCGUGCGAGUCUAUGGCGAGUCCGAGUUCUGGUUCGCAGGUGUCAAAAUCAUCACCUUGAUUGGUCUUUUGAUGGUUUCUUUCAUUCUUUUCUGGGGUGGUGGUCCUAAUCGGCAGCGACUGGGAUUUCAUUACUGGAAAGACCCUCGUCCCUUUAAUGAGUACCUUGCCACGGGAGAUGCCGGCCGAUUCGUGGGUUUGUUGAAGUGUACCGUGUCGAGCGCCAUUGCUUUCAUCUUCGCCCCCGAGCUGAUUGUGAUCAGUGGAGGGGAGAUGGAAAGCCCUCGACGGAACGUGCCUCGAGCGGCCCGACGGUAUAUUUACCGAUUGGUUUUCUUCUACAUCUUCGGUGUCCUGGCAAUUGGCGUGAUUUGCCCAUCCAAUGCCUCCCGCCUGACCAAGGGCGACGGCACGGUGAGCUCUUCGCCUUUUGUGAUUGGGAUCAAGAAUGCUGGAAUCCCCGUUUUGGACCAUAUCGUCAAUGCCGCUGUAUUGACCUCUGCCUGGUCCGCCGGUAACUCCUUCUUGUAUAUGUCAUCACGAUCCCUCUAUUCAUUGGCUAUGUCUGGAAAUGCCCCAAGUGUUUUCAAGUCGUGCAACCGAUGGGGUGUUCCAUACUAUGCGGUCGGAGUAUCGGCAUGCUUCUCGGCGUUGGCCUACCUAGCUCUCGGCAACUCCAGCUCAGUUGUCUUCAACUGGUUCGUGAACUUUACCAACACCUCCGGCUUUAUCUCCUGGAUCUGCUGCUGCAUUGUGUUCUUCCGAUUCCGCAAAGCCGUGGAAGCCCAGGGGGUCGAACAACCAUACAAAUCGCGGCUACAGCCCUAUGGCGCCUAUUUCGGCCUGGCGGGUUCCAUACUCAUGUUGCUCAUCAAUGGCUUCACGGUCUUCUUCCCCUCUGAGUGGUCCGUCAGCGGCUUUUUCACUGCAUAUAUUGGUAUUCCGGCCUUUGUGAUUCUCUAUUUCGGGCACCGGAUUCUCUACUGGAGUGACCCCUGGGCGUGGCGUCCUGAAGAGGUCGAUUUGCAUACUGGCUUAGACGAGAUUCUUGCUGCUGAGCUACCUGCGCAGCCACGUGGACCUUGGUGGAAAAUUUGGUAA